AUGAAAGCUCGAUCUGGUGACACAGCCAUAGCUCCAUCCAAGCUGGUGAUUCACAACAGUUCUCAUACGAUUGUCAAACAAAAACCAAAGAUACGUAUAAUUCACAUCAUUGCUCCAGAAAUCAUCAAGACCGAUGUCCAGAAUUUCCGGGAGCUCGUGCAGCAACUAACUGGCAGACAAGGAAGUACGAAGAAGAAAGAGAAAAAUGUUUCCUCAUUAGGGCAACAUCAAAAGACAUGUAGAAAUAACACAAGCAAGCAGUUACAAUCAACAUUCAUGCCGCGGCAGAGGAUGAAACAGGAGAUUGAUGAAAUACAGGGGAUGGGGAUUUCAAACCCAUUUAUAAGUUUCCUAGGAGACGUAAAUGGAUUCAUACAUGAUAUCAAUGAAUUCCCGAUUCUUCCAAUGAGGUCUUCACAAGUCACAACACUUGACGAGAGGCAUCUGUACUAG